ACUAGAGGGAACUCGGACGUAUAUCUGGAUAUUCAUACAUAACGCCUCCCUGUGGCUUUGUCUGCUGAAUGAAUAGCCGACGCACUCCUCUGACUGCUUCCACUGGAAUCCUCGGUUCCGAAACGAUUAACUCGGCCUGAGCCCAUCAUGCAUCGGCUACUCUGGUCUGCCGAGCGGCGGAGGGUCAUCAGUGCGCAGUCCCGGUCCCUCAAGUAGACACCGCCGCUCUCACUUCAUUCGCGUGCUCUUUUUCUCGCGAUUUUCUUUCCCAUUUUUGCUCCCGUUUACUUGGACUUCAACGGAUCGGUCAACAUGGGCAAAAAGGAGGAAGAGGAAAUCAUCAGAAUCGCGAAGAAGAUGGAUAAAAUGGCGCAGAAGAAAAACGGGGCCGGGGCUUUGGACUUAUUGAAGGAGCUGCGGAGUAUCCCCAUGACUCUCGAGCUGCUUCAGUCUACUAGAAUUGGGAUGUCCGUUAACGCCAUCCGCAAGCAGAGCACAGAUGACGAGGUCACAUCCCUAGCCAAGGCCUUGAUCAAAUCAUGGAAGAAGCUUUUGGAUGAACCGAACAGUGGCGAUAAACCGGAUGAAAAGAGGAAAGAGCAAAGGUCGUCGGUUUCUCCCUCGCAGGGAAGCCCAGAAGCAAAAGAAGAAAGCAGCUCAAGCAGUAACUCCAGCAGCAAGAGCGAGGCAGCGGAAGUUUCAGCCAACACAUUGAUCGACACAUUUCCUCGUGCCCCCAACACUUCCGAUUCUAUCAGGAUCAAGUGCCGAGAGUUGCUGGCCAAUGCUCUACAAACGGGAGAUGAUCAUAUUGCUAUUGGUGCCGAUUGUGAUGAACUUGGUGCACAGAUCGAAGAAAUUAUCUUUCAAGAGUUUAAGAACACAGACCCGAAAUACAAGAAUCGCGUGCGCAGCCGAAUCUCGAAUUUGAAAGAUAUAAAGAACCCUAAUCUACGGAGGACUGUGCUCUGUGGGAGUGUCACCCCGGAGCGGAUGGCGAAGAUGAGCGCAGAGGAAAUGGCCAGUGAUGAGUUAAGAGAUUUGAGAAAGAAUUUGACCAAAGAGGCUGUCCGGGAACACCAGCUGUCCACCACCAAAGGCACUGAGACGGAUCUAUUCACCUGCGGCAAGUGCAAGGGGAAGUGCUGCACCUACACACAGGUUCAAACUCGCAGCGCUGAUGAGCCAAUGACCACGUUUGUCUUCUGCAAUGACUGCGGGAAUAGAUGGAAGUUCUGCUGAGUCUGCACUGCACGCCGACAAGUAGCAAACUUCCAGAACCAGGUUAUCUCUCUGCAACAGAUCGGCUCUUUGUAUUCUGUGGGACACAACACGCCGGACAAAGAUGCCACAAGUUACUGUUUGAAUAAAUAUCCUGUUCAUAGAUUUGAGCUUUUUGUCAGUACCCCAAUACCCCCCCCCCCAAAAUAUUUUACUAUUGCUAUUAGUUGUUUUUGUUCAAGGUCACUCUUCUCUCAUUAUCUUUUAUCUGCAUUUUAUAUGUAGUUUUAACACUUUGAACAAUGUUGUUUUGCUUUUCCCUCACAGCAUUGUUGCAUUGUUUUAUUUAAUUGCCCAAUAAAAAUGUAAUCCAUUUGAUUAAAAAGAAGUGAUUUUCA